AGGAUGGUGGCGGGAUACCGGGGUCUCCAGUAGAGCGCGUCAAGCAGGGAGUUGCCCUCAUGCUGACGGAGACUGGGCAACAACCUCCCGGGAGCCGCUCCGGGAAAGGGGCGGGAAGUGGGAGGAGCUGGAGGCCGCGCCACUUCCCCGACUCCCCUCGCGCCCUGCCCUUUAAAAGCUGCGGGCCCGGACAGCGCCGGGUCUCGAGCUCCGGGCUCUGAGGAUCCCCUGGUUGCGGGCGCGGCCCGGACCGGUAGGCUCGCUCGCCCCGCCGAGGGACGAGCUCCAUGCGGCUGCCCACCAUGUCCGGGCACUUUCUGCUCGCGCCCAUCCCGGAGUCGUCCUCCGACUACCCCCUGCCCAAAGACAUCAAGCUGGCUGUGCUGGGCGCCGGGCGCGUGGGCAAGAGCGCAAUGAUUGUUCGCUUCCUGACCAAGCGUUUCAUUGGCGACUAUGAACCGAAUACAGGCAAGUUGUAUUCCCGGCUUGUCUUUGUCGAAGGGGACCAGCUAUCCCUGCAGAUCCAGGACACACCUGGUAGCGUCCAGGCCCAAGACAGCCUCAGCCAGGCAGUGGAUUCCCUGUCCAAGUGUGUGCAGUGGGCAGAUGGCUUUCUGCUGGUCUAUUCCAUCACAGACUACAACAGCUACCAGUCCAUCCGGCCCCUCUACCAGCAGGUCCGUAAGGUCCACCCUGACUCCAAAGUCCCUGUCAUCAUUGUGGCCAACAAGGGGGACCUUCUGCAUGCCCGGCAGGUGCAAACACAUGACGUGGAACUUCUGAAAUAUUGGGAAGAACAUCAGAACUUGGAUGGAUGUGAAGAGGACAGUGUCCAUACAUUGUUGCUCAUGGCUUGCCUUUCCUCUGAGACACCAUAGCCAAGCCAUGAGGUGAACAGCUUUCUCCACUACAUGCUUCCACUGUAAUGUCUGCUUCACCACAGACCCAAAACCAACAGGAUCAACUGACCAUGGACUUAAACAUCUAAAACUGUGAGACAAAAAUAAAACUUUCCACCUUAUAUCUCAGGUAUUUGUCAUAAUAACAGAAAGCUGAUCAAGGCAGUCCUUCUUUACUCUCCCUCCCUCCACUCCCUGCCUCAAUCUUAAGUUUUUGUUUUGUAGUGCUAGGGAGUGAACACCCCUUCACAUACUAGGCAAGUACUCUACCACUGACCAACACUUGGUAGCUUCAAAAUUUGAUUUUGAGAAAUCUCUGUCCAUUACUCAUCCUCCUCUCGUUAAAGCUCAGUUGUUGAUUCUGUUCUAAAACUCUGCAGAAUGAUUUAAUUAAUGUUUGAACAGUGGAGUGCUGGAGAAAUGGAUGAAAUCCAAAUGGCUAAAUUGUACAUCCUGCAAACAUUCUGUACUUCACAUGCAACUCAUCGCAAGCAAACUGGAAUAAUGGAAAAUGAAUCAAUUAUAACAGAAGAAAAUAAAUUCGUUUUGCGUCUGUUGAAGUGAAAAACAAAAUGGAAGUUCUAAAGUUUAUUAAUAUCUGUUUAGAGAAAUAAAUCAAACAUUU